AUGGCGGAGGAUCGCUUGCAGUCAAACCGUCGGGGUGGGGCUCAGGUCGAGCUACAUUUUCAGGAUAAUAUGAUGAAGCUUGCCUGCUCUGACGAGAUAGAGGCAAAUAAAGCCCUACUAAAGGGGAGAGAGGCCGAUGAGCGUUGGUAUAAAUACAAUGGAAAACAGUUCGCCGAAGACCAUUUUUCUCGAAAUGUCCACAUCAUCGACAAAACCCAGCUGUUGAAGGCAGCACGCUCUCUACCUAAAGGCGCACAUCUUCAUCUUCAUUUUAAUUCCACUCUCCUCCCCGAAUUUCUCUUGGGUAUAGCCAAAGAAAUGCCCAAUAUGUAUAUCUCGAGUCCUACUCACAAAUUACGAUCUAAAUCUGAUUUCGACAAUUGCGAGAUCGUAUUCACGCUCCAGAAUACGAGGGCGAUUCUUGAUGACCCGGAUGACGGCCCCAUACUUCAAGAGCAGAAACUAUCUUCCAAGGAUCUGAAAGGCCCGAAUCUAUUCCACGACGAUUAUGAGCCACGCCAGCUUAUGCGCUACCAAUACUUCCGUUCCGUAUGGAAUGAGGAGCGGAAAACCAGGCAAAGUUAUAGAUCACAAAAUCAAGAGCAGGUUGGCCAAGCUGAGUCUAAGCUCUGGGAUAUGGAUAUAAAAUGUGACGAUUGGCUUACUAGUAAACUCAUCUUCCAUAAGAAGCAAAUCGACGAAAUAUUCAACCCAGGAGAUAAGCCUUCAGAACAGAUAAGCAAGCCCGAGACAAAAGAGGAGGAACAGGCAAGACAAAAGCAAGCUGAAGACGCAAAGUGGCCUAAGGAUAUCGAUUUAGAUAUCCAAAAUAGUCAAUACAAAUAUGUUCGCGAGAGAGCAGCAAGAGCAUGGGAGAAAUUCAACGGCCGUACAAGAAUGAUGAAGGGCCUAUUUAAUUAUGAAAAGGCGUUCCGGGCAUAUACGAGGAAAUGCUUAGAAGAAUUUAUUAGGGAUAAUGUCCAGUACGCCGAGAUCCGACCAAAUUUCAUGAAAAGCAACCAGGUUUUACGAGAUGAUGGGUCCGAAGGUGUCAAUAACUUCGGCUUGAUGGAAAUCAUCAUCGAAGAAUAUGAGAAUUUUAUGAAAGAUAUCGGAGAUAUGGACGAGCAUGGGCAGAUUAAAGAGAAUAGGAAGUUGGAUUCUGAUGGCAAGUUAGUAUACCUAGACAACACCAGAAUACCAUGCGGAAAUGGCCAUACCCCAUCCCUCGGCGGGAUGAAGGUUAUCUACUGUACGCCUAGGUCUUUUCCGAAACCUAUGGUGAAGGAAGCAUUAGAUGAAUGCAUACAGAUGAAGAAGAGAUGGCCACAAUAUAUAGCCGGCUUCGAUCUAGUAGGAGAAGAGGCCUACGAUAAGAAAUAUCCACUGCGGUAUUUCGAGGAAGAAUUUAGGCAGUUUCAGGAGGACUGCCGGAAAGAGCAGGUUGAGAUUCCAUUUCUAUUCCACUGCGGCGAGACCCCUGACGACAUCGAAGGCAACCUCGAGUGCGCGCUUGAUCUCAAUGCCAGACGAAUUGGACAUGGCUAUGCAUUGCUACAAAAGCCAGACAUUAUGAAGCAAAUGAAGGAUAAUGAUGUCUGUGUAGAGGCAUGUCCUAUCUCGAACAUGGUUCUCGGAUUAGUGGAGCGUAUAGACGAGCACCGGAUUUACGAGCUACUUAAGCACGAAGUUCAUUGCACAUUAAACAGCGACAACGGUACCCUUUUUAGGUCUACAUUAUCACACGAUUUUUAUGAAGUCAUGGUUGGCAAUCGCAGUAUGAAUUUGUUUGGCUGGCGUCAACUUGCGAGAUGGAGCAUAGACCAUGCUUGCAUGAGCCAAGUUGAACGUGAGCGGGUCCUAGUAGAAUGGGAGAGGCGAUGGAAAGAUGAAUUUAUUCCUCAGAUUCUUGGGAAACAGUCUACUAGUCGUCUAGCGAGGCUCGAUAGAUUAGAUCAGAUCGAGGAGGGUCGGAAAAGGCGGGAGGCUAAGCUUAAUUUAGAAGCGUGA